AUGGGUGGUUAUCUCGCCCUACGGGGAGCAGCCGACCCUCGAAUCAAAGCGUGCGUUUCAUGCGAUGGAUUCUACGAUAUGUUUCACGUUACACGGACGCGUAUGCCUUCUUGGUUUAUCAAUAGUUGGAUCUCUGGAUGGAUGAGCGAUUCGGUCUUCAAUUCGGUUGUGGCCGUAUUGUCUCGUCAAAGCUUCCAACUGGCAUGGGAGUUCGGACAUAGUAUGUGGGUUUAUGGAGAUACCACGCCCGCAGAUGUGAUGCGCACCAUGCAAAAAUUUACUCUAAAGCAGUCAGAUGAUUCGGAGUUUCUCCACAAAAUCAAUGGGGCCGUUCUGGUUACAGGGGCGCAGGACACCAUGUACUUCACGCCUGAUCUGAAUGCACGCCGAAUAUUCACCCGUCUCACCCAUUUACCCGAGGAUCGGAAAGCACUAUGGGUGCCGAGUGGUGUGGAGUUUGGAGGCCAGCAAGCUAAGAUCGGUGCAAUCGGCGUGAAACAGCAGCAAGUCAGCGUUCCCCGGGAAUUUCGAUUGGGCGUCACGAAUCAGUCCUCCGAGUUCCUUGCCAAAUUUCCCUUGGGCAAAGUUCCAGCAUUUGAAGGUUCAGAUGGUACUCUGAUUUUCGAAUCCGACGCAAUUGCACAAUAUGUGGCUGAGAGUGGCCCUUUCGGCGACAAGCUCCUUGGUAAAGAUAGCCUUGAAAAGGCCACUAUCCGGCAGUGGAUUUUAUUUUCGGAUCUUGAAAUCAUGAGUCCAGUUAUAGAAUUGGUAAUGUGGAGAGUUGGAAUGGUGCCAUUCGAUGCAUCUGUUGAGGAGAAGGCCAUGGUGACUCUUCGCAGAGGCUUGAGCUGCUUGGAAUGUUACUUGAAUGGGCGGAAGUGGUUGGCUACUGAGGAUGACCCAAGCUUGGCGGAUUUCACUUUAGCUGGUGCAUGCUUCUGGGCCUUUAUGCAGGUCAUUGAUUCAAAGAUGCGUGAUGAGUUUCCGAUUCUUACCCGAUUUUAUCAACGGAUUAUCGCAUGGGAGGACGUGAAGUAUGUCUUCCGGCAGGCAACUUUCAUUGAAGAGCGGAUUGACCAUUGA